AACCACUGGCUCUCCGAUUUACACACAAAUAUGAAAUAUCCCUUCUUUCACACCCAAAAUAUAAGCCAUUAGAACCAUCUAUCUCAGGCUCCAAGAGGCUAAAACAAAAGCACCUCUAGUCUUGUUAUAUUCACACAGCAAAGAGGUAAGGAAGCAUAAACAAAUGGCCACUUCAAUUUCUGCAAGUGGGUGUGUUGGUUCUUCCUUCUAUGGAAGCUGGGGCACUUCAAUUGUUGGUGAUGAUUACGCCACGCUGGCCAAGUCAGUGCCAUCACAAGUUCGCAUGGGGAGGGGAAAGCCAGUGAGGUUGCAACCCAUGAUGAAGAAUGUCAAUGAAGGGAAAGGUAUCUUUGCACCUCUUGUGGUGGUCACUCGUAACAUCAUUGGCAAGAAGCGUUUCAACCAGCUUAGGGGCAAAGCCAUUGCUUUGCACUCCCAGGUGAUCACGGAAUUCUGCAAAUCAAUAGGAGCAGAUGCAAAACAGAGACAAGGGCUGAUCAGGUUGGCCAAGAAGAAUGGAGAAUGGCUUGGGUUUCUUGCAUGAUAGAUUAGCAAAUGUUCCCCACAUUUUGUAAUUACCAUGUGAGAAAGUUUCAAGUUUAAACUUGAUGGUUUUCAAUUGACAGCAGAAUGUAAACUAGGAACUUGUCUCUCUAGAUGUGAUUUUUCAUUCUUAAGUAAUGUUCUCUUAUUUUGUUCUCCUGAUACAUGAAAUGUUAUAAAACCAGAGGUGCUCUAUAUAUCAA